CCUCACGCUGCUUCACCUCUCGCACAUAAGAGGUACAUGUAGCGAGUUUUACACUUCACGCAGCGUCGCCUUGGGGGGGCGCCGAUUUAUGUUUUCGCAUCCACCUGAAUAAUGUGCAGUUGCGCCACUGGCUGGACUCCAACCAUCUUUAUGCUAAAUGGCUUCUGAAGCAGAAACAUCAGAACCAGGCCGGAGAGAACGGACCGGACCAUCAGGGUCCAGAGUCCUUCAGUCCUCCAUUCCCAAAGGGAAAUUCAGAUGAAAGGAAACCUUUGAUUUUAUUGAGGAAUGAAGAUCAGAGUCUGGAGGAAACAUGAGGAGCUCAACAAAGUUUCACCUGAAAGGAAAAAGGUUUAGAAAGACGAGAGGAUACAGACGGUUCUGCUGUAGAAAACUGCAGCACCAGAGGGGAAUCAACUGGAAUAUGGAACUGGACCUGCAGUCCUGAACGUCUCCACUAGUUACUACUUACUACUAACUAACUAGUUACUAGUUACUUCCAGAAAUGGCACAUGGUUACAGCUUGUUGCUGAACUGAUGAACAAGCUCUGAAUUUUGCUGGGUUUUUUUGUUUUUUUUACUCUUUUCUCAUGUAAAGCUCUUUACGGGAGCUUCAGGUUAACCAGGCCUUGCCUUGGCUCAGAGUCCGGCGACCUUUGACCUGGGCUGUCUGUAACGUGCCCAGCCGUCGGCCCGCAGCCAUGCCGCCUCCAGGAGCCUGUCUGAACAUCAUGGAGGCCCGCCACCGCCGGGACGGCUUCGGCCGCGCCUGCAGCCCCGGCCGGCUGUUCGGACAGGACUUCCAGCAGCUGAAGGAGUUCUGUGUCAGCAGGCGGCUGAAGUUCAUCGAUGACAUGUUCCCGCCUGACAGGAAGUCCAUCGGACAGGGAGUCCUGAGCCCUUCGGACCUGGCCCGGGUCGUCUGGCUCCGGCCGGCGAGAAUCGUCCAGAACCCGUCCUUCGUCCUGAGAGGGUUCUCCAGGUUUGACUUUGGUCAAGGAGUUCUGGGAAACUGCUGGUUUCUGGCAUCGAUCGGCGCACUGACGUUCCAGGAUCAAAUCCUCCAGCAGGUCGUCCCUCAGGAACAAGGCUUUGAUGAGAACUACUGCGGCCUGUUUCAUUUCAGGUUCUGGAGAUUUGGGAAGUGGGUGGACGUUGUGAUUGAUGACAAGCUGCCAACAAUCAACGGCAGCCUGAUCUUCGUUCAGUCCAAGAAGCAGAACGAGUUCUGGCCCGCCCUGCUGGAGAAAGCAUACGCCAAGUACGCUCGGACCGCUCGUGUUCAGCAGCUUCCUCUCUGCGUGUUACCUUUCAUGCCUUCCUCCAUCAGGGUGUGUGGCUCCUACACCGACAUGAAUGCUGGGACUCCUGCAGAGGCCAUGAUGGACUUCACUGGAGGCGUCCACAUGUGCAUCCAGCUGUCAGAUCCUCCUCCGGACCUGUGGGAGCUGAUGUCCAGAGCCGGGAACUUUGGCGCUCUGCUCAGCUGUAGCACGCCACAAGGGGAGUCGUCCUCGUUGACCUUGUCUCCCAACGGCCUAGUCCAGGGCCACGCCUACACUGUGACUGGAGUCGUCCAGAUGACGAGCAGAGGGAAGCCGGUGAAGAUGCUGCGUCUGUGGAAUCCCUGGGGAAAAGGAGAGUGGAACGGAGACUGGAGCGACCGCUCGUCUCUGUGGCAGACCGUGAGCUCCCAAGACCGAGAGAAAUGCCUUUCAGUGGUCAACGACGGAGAGUUUUGGAUGAUGCUGGAGGACUUCUCCAAGUUCUUCACUGAUCUUGACAUCUGUGGUCCGAACCCAAACUUCCUGGACGAAGACUCGUCUUCCCAGUGGACGACUUCUGUGGCGGAGGGCCGGUGGGUGGCGGGAACAACGGCUGGAGGCUGCAUGAAUUACAAAGACAGCUUCUGGACCAAUCCACAGUACCGAGUCAAGCUGUGUGGCGAGAAGGCUGAGAAAAACAUCCUGGUGUCUCUGAUGCAAAAACAUGACAAGAGGAACCGACACCUGGUGCAGAACCUCCACAUCGGCUUCUCCAUCUUCGAGGUGAAAGAACAGCAUCAGGCACACAGGGGGAAAUUCACGGCCUCGUUCUUCAGCUCUCAACAACCCGUCGCCCAAACAAAGACCUUCAUGAACGCUCGGGAAGUGAUGGAGCUGCUGACGCUGAAGCCUGGAGAGUACAUGAUCGUCCCGUCCACCUUCCAUCCCAACGAGACGGCGUCCUUCCUCCUGACCAUCCUGUCCAAGACCGAGACCCGCUGCUAUGAGAACUCUGGUGAGCGCUCUCCAGAACCAGGUCCAGAGGCGAUGAAGGUGAAGAACAGACAGGAGGAUGAAAAUAAGGACGCUUUCUUCCGUCAACAUUCAGACAAGUAUGAAGAGAUGGACGCAGAGCAGCUCCAGAGAAUCCUAAACGAGAACCUUCUAAAAGGAGACCUGCAAUCCGGGGGUUUCAGCAUCGACGCCUGUCGGAGCAUGGUAGCUCUCAUGGACACGUCAGUAACUGGGAGACUGAACAGCAGCGAGUUCAUCCGACUGUGGAACAAAGUCGUCAUUUACAAGGACAUUUUCUUUCAAACUGAUGUUUCUCGGACCGGAACCCUGUCGCUGACGGAGCUCAGGAACGCACUCAUCGUUUCAGGGAUGAGAGUCUCUGACGACACACUGAACCUGAUGGCGCUGCGCUACGGCGCCCCCUCUGGUCACAUGACACUGGAGAGCUUCAUCAGCCUCAUUCUGCGUCUGGACUGCAUGUUCAAGAUCUUCCGGCAGCUGUCUGAUGGGAAAACGAUGAGCCUGCAGGAAUCAGAGUGGAUCUACGUUUCCAUGUACACAUGAGUCUGCAGGAGGACGGGCACACAGGAAGAAGAUCGGCUCCCUCUCACCUCAGACUGAGCCAGAAUAAUCUACCUUAAAUUAAUUUCAUGUGUUUUCUAUGGAAAACACUUCAACUUCACAACUGAUGAAAUAAAAACAUAUUUCAAAUUU